AUGGUUUCUAACAGCUUGAUUGCGCUUUAUACUGGCCUUGUGUUGUCGAAUGGUGUUCAGUUUGGUGCGGCUGAUACAGCUCCAAGCUGGCAGAAAUAUGUCAGAUCGCCUGCUUCCAAUACAGUGAAGCCAGUUGCAGUUGUUUCGGACAGCACAGUUGGCAAUGUGUCGAAUCCAAACGGUUUGGUCGAUGGCCAAGAGCCAACAGUGCUGAGCCGUAAUACUGAAAGCGACCAGUUGCCGACAAUAGUGGUGGACUUUGGGCAGAAUGUUGUUGGAGUUUUGAGCCUGCAAUUCAGCGGAUCACAGAGCUUGUCUACUGGGCUGCCGGGCUUGAGAUUGGCCUUUUCCGAGACGACGGAAUAUCUCACCGAUCGGAGUGAUUUUACACGAUCUGAUAAUGCUAGCGGAAAUGAGAAAUUGACCAAUGGAACGGAUCAGGUGGCUGUUAAGAACAGUAAUUACACUUGGAGCGAUCUUCAUGGAUGCGAAAACGGCACUCAAGUCUGCUCAGAUGGGCUUCACGGCUUCCGUUAUGUGAAAAUCUGGCUAGAAGCUUUGGCAUCGGAUGCGCCAUACACUUCUUCUCUAGGUUCGGUUUCCAUCUCAGGCGUGAGCCUUGAAUGGUCGGCGUAUCUUGGGACGCCGGAUACUUUCACCGGAUCGUUUGAAUGCUCAGACGAAAGUCUCACGCAAUGGUGGUAUGAUGGAGUGUAUACCGUGGAUAUGGGAACAGACGUGUUUCUUGCCAACGAGACAGAGCCUAGAAGCGCUUCGAGUCCGACCUUGGAGGGCAAACAAGUACUCUUUGAUGGAGCUAAGCGUGAUAGAGACCCAUAUGUUGGAGAUCUUGCCGUAUCAUCACUUACUUCAUAUCUGUCUCAUGAUUUUGCCGAACCAUCAAGAAAUGUGUUGGAAGACUUGGCGCAGCAUCAGCGUUCUGAUGGCUGGAUUCCUCCAGCGAGCAUUGUCGACCUUGUGAUGUACACCGGCAAUACCUCUUAUGCGAAUACUUACUGGAACACACUGAAAAACGCCCUUGACGGUUAUUACGCUGCAAAUACAGACAGCGCAACUGGGCUCCUGUAUAAAAAUGACACUGGCUAUGGCGAUUAUGCGUUUCUGCCCCGGUCAGGGCCCGUAACGUACUACAACGCCUUGUACGUUCAUGCGCUAUCGUAUGCCUCGCAGCUGGCUACGAGUCUUGGCCUCGAUGAUGACGCAGAAAGAUGGUCUUCUAGGGCUUCAUCUGUUGGAAAAGCGCUUCUAAGCCACAAUUUUGACCAGAGCGUUGGUGCGUUCUAUGAUGGCGGCCCUUGCCCCGGAGCCGCAGCUGGCACAUACUGCAAUGUUCACUCGCAAGAUGGCAACUCUAUUGCUAUUCUCGCAGGAGUGACAAAUGACACCACCUCGGCUCAGAUACUGGACUAUUGGCAAAAUGCGACCUCUCAGGGAUAUGGAAACGCAUUCUAUGACAGCAGCAUCUUGAGCCCCGGCGAUCAAUUCAAUAGCCGAGUCUACGCUUUCAUCUCCUACUUUGAGAUUGCGGCCCGGUUUGCCACUCCUGGGCAAGCCUCUUCCGCCUUUGACGAACUCCGAAGGCUGUAUGGAUGGAUGGCGAGCCAUGAUCCCCAGAUCACCAUGUGGGAGGGCAUUGGACCAGGUGGCGCUCCGUACGAGGGUGCAUUUACAUCCAUGGCGCAUGGCUGGUCAACGGGAGUAGUUCCGCUGCUGACUGGCUAUGUGCUUGGAGUGAAGCCCCAGUCUCCUGGAUUCAAGACGUGGAGCAUUUGCCCUGUGGUGGAUGGUGGCGGACUUACAUGGGCCAAAGGACAAGUGCCAACGCCGCAAGGCAAGAUUGAAGUCUCAUGGGAGAGAGAGGAUGCACAAACUGGAGUGGUAUUUACUCUGAAUAUUGAAACAUUAGAUGGCUCGUCGGGGGUGGUCUGCGUUCCGACCUUGGGGCUGGAUAACCCGACGAUAAGUAUGGAUGGAGCACCUGUAAAUGUGUCGCCUGACCCAACAACUGGCUGGGCGAGUGUUGAUGCUGCUGGAGGAAAGCAUGUCUUUACAGUGGAAGCGUAA